AUGGCGUCUACCAGCGGCUUAACUCGUCGGCGAGGUGGUGGUCGGGGAGAUGGCGGCACCGAGAGUAGCAGAGUGGCCUCACCAUCAUCGCUAAAUGGAGCGUCUCCGGAUGGCCGUGGUGAGUCCUCGUUCACUGGCGAGAACGGCCACAAGAUCGCAUUCGACCCGAGAGAUAUCAGUGAGAAUGAAGAGCGGAAUAAACAGCCCAAGCUCACACUCAUGGAGGAGGUGCUGCUCUUGGGUUUAAAGGAUAAGCAGGGAUAUCUAUCAUUUUGGAACGAAAACAUUUCGUAUGCUCUACGGGGCUGUAUUGUCAUUGAACUGGCGUUUCGAGGUCGCAUCAGCAUGCAGAAGGACUCGUCGAGGCGACGGUUUCCUCUUGCAGACCGAAUAAUUGAGGUUAUCGAUGAUACCUUGACUGGAGAAGUCUUGCUGGACGAGGCAUUGAAGAUGAUGAAAGCUAGCGAGAAGAUGAGCGUGAGCUCAUGGAUCGAUCUUAUGAGCGGUGAAACCUGGAAUUUGAUGAAGAUCGGCUACCAGCUAAAGCAAGUACGAGAGCGACUCGCAAAGGGCCUAGUCGACAAAGGUGUCCUCCGCACUGAAAAGCGCAACUUCCUACUCUUCGACAUGGCCACACAUCCGGUUGCCGACGGCGGCGCAAAGGAAGAACUCCACAAGAGAGUUCGCAAUAUCUGCAGCAGCCGUACUGUCAUGCUACCGCCGAACCAAUUCCUCCCCGAAGAUAUUGAAUUUAGAUAUCUGCGGACUAUUGCAUUGGUGUGCGCCGCGUAUGCUGCAAACGUACUUGAAAACGCCUUGGUAACGAUGGGCCAUGAAGCUAGGGAACGGGCAUUCGCACAGGUUGAUGAGCUGCUGGCGGAAUAUUCACAGUGGCCAUUUGCGUCGAACAGGGGCGCGGGCGCACAUGUUAUUGGCGCGAAUUUACCGCAAGCUGUUGGCGACGAGGUUGAGAAGGCAAAGGAUAAGGAGCUUCAGCUGGAGGUCGUGGCCGCAUGCUUAGGCGUAUUUACCCGCCUUGAUUCUUUGCUAUGA